AAGCGAGAAAAGGGCGUAAGAAAGAGAGAGAGAGAGGGGCGAGAGGCCUCGGGGGGCCUUUUAUGCCGCCGGUGCCUGUGCGCGAUGUACCGUCCCGGUUGCGGCCGCUCGAACAUGAUCUCCUCCAGCCGGCCCAAAGACAACAGUAGCUCAGGCUCCCGAUGUUCCCGAUCCGGUGCUUCCACCACCCCCACCACCGGGUCAGCUCGAGGCCGUAGCCCACGCCGCUCCCGUUCUCCAUCUCCGCGGGGCCGCCGCCAACGCUCGCCAUCCAGCGGUCGCUCUUCUCGUCGCUCGCCAUCCCCUCGUCGCAGUAGUAGGAGACAUUCCCCAGGUCAAUGCUCACGUUCCCCAGGUCGGUGCUCACGUUCCCCAGGUCGACGCUCACGUUCCCCAGGUCGACGCUCACGUUCCCCAGGUCGGCGUUCUAGAAGUCAACACUCUGAAUCUUCAGUGGAACAGAAUUUGCGGAUCACUGUUGGCAAUGAUCGUUAUGGUAUUGAUACACCUGAGAGAAAGAGGUUAUGUGAUAGGCUGGGCUCACCGGUUGAUAGCCUGAGUGAUGCGGAUAGGGAUGAUUUGGCUGAUGGACCAAUAUUUAGCAGAAGCCUUUUACAUCGUCGGAGCCUUGAGAGAUAUCCUUCUCGUGAGGAAAAUCAGGCUAGUCCUUUCAGUAGGAGACAUGAUGAGGACUAUCACAAUAGAGAUGUUUUCCUCCAUCAAUCAGACUAUAGAAUGAACUAUGAGGAUAAACCAAGAGAAACUGAUAGGGAAGGUGAAUUUAGAAAAUCCUUAUAUGCAUUGGACGAUAGAGGGCGGGAGCCAAAACGACCGCGAUAUGACAGAGAUGACAGAUUACUUGAUACGAACACGGAACCACAGGGUUUCUUGUCAGGAACACGAAAGUACCGUAAACGAAGUUUUAGUAGAAGUCCAAGUCCAACAUACCUCAAUGAAGAUUUUCGAGAACUUGAAAGUGCUAGAAGGAAAAGAAAAGAAGAGGAACUGAGCAGAAAUCUGAGUCAUGAACUGUCUGACAAUAGCUACGUAAUGACUGGUUCAACUAAUCCAACGAAAUCUUCAGAACCUCAGUACCUUUAUAGACCUGAUGAGGCACCAGCAAUGCCCAAAAAAUCUAUCUUGAAGAAACGUGUGGAUGAUCAUUCUGUGCAGCCGGAAGUCUUUUCUAGCAGUUCUUCCUCUAUUAAAGAGCCCCCACUUCUUUCAAAUCAUUCUUCUUUGCCCCAGCGUAGUAGUGUUGCUCCUUUUUCAUUGGAAGUAGAGAAUUUCCUCAAACAAUUCAACAAAAGUGCAGUUGCAGAGUCUACCAGUAAGGAAACGCAAGGCACUGAGCGUGACUGGAGACCAUUUCCUGGUCUACAUCAAAAUACACUUCCUUCUGAACAAAACUCUGAGAAAAUUUUAAAACAGAAAGAACCUCAUGAGUCAACAUCAGAAUGUGUUGACCAGCCUGGUGAUUUCCUGCUUCCUCAUGAAAGAGCCAGCCAGGAUGGAAGUGGCUUUUCACGCAUUCUGGGCAUUUUGGGGGUCAUGGCAGACUCUAAUAAUACGGAAGAAAAGAGAAGAAACAGUUUUCCUGAUGAUCUUGAGGAUGAAGAGAAAUUUCUUUAUGGUGAUGAUGAUGAUGAUGAUGAUUGUAAUAUCAGCUCUCCCUCUACUCAAAAACUAACACUGAGUGAUGGGAAGGAAUCUGUAAGCCAAAAAGUAGGUUCUCCACCUCCUUCAUCUGUAAAACCAGAAACAUUAGAUGAAUCCAGACCAGAGUAUGAGAAGAUUCAUAAUUUGCUUAAAACGAUUGGUCUUGACAUUGGGGUGACUGAAAUAGGUAAACUUGCUGCUCGUACUCAGGAACGCCUUCAUGGAAAAAAGUCAUCUCGUUCACCUGAUCAUUAUUCAGUAGCUUCUUCCAAGCCAGAAAUGUGGGAGAGGCACCGCAAUCGCAGUGAAACUUAUUCUCCAGAAUCCAACCAGAAGCACACUCUCUCACCUACUGCUUCUUACCCAUUAUCUAAAGUUAUACCCUCUGUUACAAAAUCUGAGCACAACACAAACAAAAUGUUAGGACAAGAUAAUCGUGUUGGCCCAGUUGAGCAAUCUGUUCCUCCGAUAUCUCUAAUUCCAUCAGCUCCACCAUCUUUUCCUAAUUUGUCACCUACACCCACCUCUGUUUCCCAGUAUAGACUUUCACGCUUUUCACAUUUUCCUACACCACAAUUACCACAAAACUAUCCUCCUCCUACAAUGGCACCUCCUGGCUAUGAUGCAUAUGGACACUACAUGGCUUACGCAGCUUCUGGCUGGCCCAUGUAUGCUCAGCAGACUGAUCCUGGGCUUACAGAUAUGCAUGGGCUUGUCACACUAACGGUGCCACCAAAUCCAACACGACCCAAUCUUAGAGUUAUUGAGACAGUUUCCACAACAAAAGGGACCCCUGAUAUCAAAAGAGAUGACUCUGUGCUUGUGCAAAUCCCCACAGUAGCUUCUUAUUCAAAAUUACAUCCUCAGUUCUCUCAACCUUCACUAAGAGGUUCCAAGGAAAGAAUAUCUGAUGAAAAAAACAGAGCUUCUAGGAAACAAAAGGUAAUAGAGGAAAUUGAGAAGUUGAAAGCUGAACAAGAAGCACGGCAAAAAAAACUACAUUAUCUCAGAGCUGAGUUAAACAGACUUUCGAAACAACAAGGGGAAUUGCUGCGGAAGAAACGGAGGGAGAAGGACGGACACAAAGACCCCUUGCUAAUAGAAGUCAACCGACUGCAAGAUAACAUUGUGAAGGAAAUAACUCAGCUGAAGAUGAAUGCUGAUGCUGCAGAGAAGAAACAGUCUGAACUUGACAAGGUAGCCCAGAUCCUGGGGAUUAAUAUUUUUGAGAAAUCCCGGAAACUGUCUUCAGAAAGUAAAGACUCUUCAGAAAAUGCAAGAAUUCAGGAGAAAACUUCUGAUCUAGUCAAGGAAUCCAAAACUAAUAGUGACAGAUUCAGGGGAAAGAGUCCUAAGCCUAUGGAAUCUUCUUCACAGCCAUUGCAAAGGACCAGUAUUUAUGACUACUAUGAUACAGGGAACCAUUGGUGUAAAGAUUGCAAUACUACCUGUGGAACUAUGUUUGAUUUCUUUACACAUAUGCAUAAUAAGAAACAUAGACAGACCCUGGAUCCAUAUAACAGACCUUGGGCAGCAAAGACUCAAAUUGAAACAAAGCAGGAAGUCACAAAACGAAUUGACAAAAUACCUGUUCCAGCCAAAGGUUCUGAAUUUCUUAUCCCAGUCACUGGAUAUUACUGCCAACUCUGCAGUGAAUUCUUUGGAGACCAGAUAUCAGCAGAACAACAUGUGAAAAGUCAUCUACAUAAUGAGAAAUAUAAGAAACAUGUGGAUGAGAAUCCUCUCUAUGAAGAAAGGCGAAAUCUGGAUCAUCAGGCAGGAUUAUCUGUGAUUCAGGAAACUGAACGCAGGCUGAGGCGGAAACUGUGUGAAAAACAAAAAGAGGAAAAAGAUGAGAAGACAACAAAAAUAACAAAGAAAGAAGAAACAAAGAAUAUUAAAGAACUAGGAGAUGGGAAUAAUGAAUAUGAAAUUAGUAAAAAGAAAGAAAUCCCUAAUGGUGAAAAAUGUGGGAUUAAACUUAAAUUGAAAAAAGAUGACAAAGAAAUAGAAAAGAAGGAAGACAGAAAAGAGGAAUCUGAAAAGGAGUCAAAACUAACAACUUUUGGAAAAUUCAGUUGGAGAAAGAGUGAGAGAGAUGAAAAAAAUCAGGGGAAAGAUGUAGCUGUUUCUAAAGAAGAGAGCCCUGAGGAAAGUAAAGAUAAAGAAAGUAAGUCCCAAAGCGGAAAGCAAAAUUCAAAGCCCAUUGCAAUUAAGUUAUCUGGAAAAACGGUUAUUCCACAUACAAGCCCCUGGACACCAGUUGUUUCAACUUCAUCGCAAGCCAAAAUCCGCCCCAAUUUACCAAUCCCAGUGAUGGUUCUAAGGAAGACUGCAGUUACAACAGUAAGCAAGCCAGCACCCCUCAAUACUUUUUUGUCUAUAAAAUCUUCUGGUACCACUGCCAAACCUUUGCCGGUUGUCAAAGAGGGAAAUCCAGACAUUGUUUUGCCACCAGAUAUUAUAUCAAAAGCAUUUGGGGGAGAAGUAGUCGUUUUAAAGGGAUCACAGGAGGAUGUAAAGGUACCUGAAGAAGCAGAGGAAGGGGAUCAUGAAAGUGAGACAAAGGCCGUGGAACAAGCAAAUGUAACGAAGGCCCAGGAGCAUGCAGAGGUAGUGGCAAAAGCUCAGGCAAAGGCACGGGAGCUUGCAGCAAUGGUGAAAAAACAAGAUGUCUCACAAGUGACAAAAGCAAAUGAACAGUCUCUGACUUUUGAGAGGCCCCAUAGGCGCCCUCCUCUACUGCCACUACCUCCAGGACCACCACUGUCACUAUCGGUACCACAGCCACCACCAAUAGUAUUUGCCCCUCCACCCCCUCUGCCACCAAAGCAACUGGUUAUUCUGGCAGAUGAUAUGGCACCCGGUGUAUCUGAGGAUGAUAAGAACAUAUUGGAGAUGCCCAUGUGUCCUCGCCCCUUGCCACCUCCAUCUGUUUUUGGAGAGCAUGUUAAAAACUUAAAGAAAAAGAACUCUUCUCUGGCUGCAGGUAAUGCUAAAGAUCUGUAUGACAUUUUUUACAAUAGUAGUGGGAUGAAUCCAGCGGAGAGCAAGCUAGUGAAUUCUGCAAUUUCAGAUAAAGGAAAAUGGAAUCCUACUGAGAAGGAAAAAAAUGCAAACCUACAGGUGAAUUCCAAGUCAAGUUGUAACCCUUUUUCAGAGGAAUCCCUUUGCAGUGUGGACACUUCCUCAGCUAGGAACCUAGAAACCGAGGAAGUAAAAGAUGAGAAAAUGGUGACAACCGAUGAAGAAAUUACUGAAAUCAAAACCAGUGUCGAGAGGGACUUAGAUAAAGUCUCCUUUUCAGAUAUACAGUCUACAUUGUCAGAAGCAGAUGAUUUAGCAAGUAGUACCUCUUAUCCAUUCCAUAAUGAGGAAGAAAUGGGAAUUCCUGUUCCAUCUGAAUUUAACAAGAAAUUAUCCGAACCUGAGAAAACUGAGUUAGCUAUGCAGAUAGAAAAAAUGAGCCCUCUUCCUUUGGAAGGCUUUAAUGAGCCAUCUGUUAGCCUUGAGACAACAGAACAUGACAUUUCUGAUGAUCGAUCUGUCACACAAUUCUCAGAAAUCUCUAACAAUCUUCUAGAAACUGUCUCUGAUUCUGUGCAAAAUGUCAGUUAUUCUAAAGAAGAAUCAACUGAUCUAAAACUAGACACUAAGGAAUGCAGUAGUGGUAAAAGUCCUCAGCCUUCAGAUUCAGAGCUAAACAAAGGUGAAUUAGACUCUUUCCUUACAAACAAUGAACAAGAGGAUUUGAAUGGUUCUCAGUUAAAGGAUGGUGAGGAUUUCAGUGUAGUUAAUAUUCUAAAAUCUGAAGAGAUUACAGAUGAGAACUUUGUUAAUGUAACAAUAAGCACCACAGUAGAGAAACAUGAACAAAUCAAUCAAUUCCCAUUAAGCUGUGAAACCAAGGAACUCCAAGUGGGAAAAAUAGAAGCGUUGGAUAGUAUUUCUUCUACAAAUGAAAUUAAACCUAGUUAUGUGGAAUUCAUGUUUAUAAAACAUGAUACACAAAAAUCUUCUGUCUCUGAUUUGGAAUUAAGUGGCAGUGAAGAGAGAAGAACUGUAGAAACAGAAAGUGCUAAUUUUUCAACUAUACAGCCAGAAAUGGGCCAAGAAACACUAGAUCCUCUUCCAACAGAAAUUGAUAUUGGGCAUCUUGGAGAGGUGACUCUUUCCUUCACAGAUCUGAGUACUGAAGUAUUGAAUACCUCAGCAGCUGAUAAUUUUGACUUAAACAAUACAUAUCCAGAACUUAGCUUUGAACAGUCUACCACUUUUUCUCUGGAUUUAGAAAAUGAAGGAGUCUCUCCAAAAUCUGAUGAAACAAAGACUAUAGAUUCUCCCAGACUGAAACCAAAUUUGGAAUUAGAAACCAUUGAUUUCACUCUGGGAAAUAUUAUAGUGGAACAUGAAGUGGUAGAUAUUCUGCCAACUGAAAUUUUAAACGAGGACAAUGCAGACAGUCCAAAGUUAGAAAUGGUUGCACCUAUUUGUUUAGAGUCUAGCAGAAUGAGUGAAUUGGACACUGACCCACCAGUGAUUGAAUCUGAAAUAAUUAAUUUUGUUGCAUUUACCCCUGAUGAUCAAGAGGAGAAAUUUUGCUCCGUGGUUUCAGAUGCAAUUAUUCCACAUGUGGUGUCUUCUGCAUCAAAGAAUGACGUGGCAGAAGUAAGCAUGCCCCUUGUUCAAUUGCAGGAUAUGUCUUCUGUUUCCAUGCCCCAACCCCCAUAUAGUAGCAAAGUAGACACGCCUGAUAAACUAUUGUGGAGCUGUGGUGGGGAAAAUGUACAAAACCAAGCUGUGACAUGCAUGGAAUCCAUCCUUCCAAAGCUAAAGGAAUCUGUAGAAAUGGGGGGUUCAGGUGACAGUGAGUUGUAUAGUUUCAAGAAUCAAAUGCAGACAUCCAUAGAUAAACUAAAAAAGACAGAGGAAGAAAAAACUGAUGAUAAAUGUGAAGUUAAAAAUAAGUUGGCUUCAGAAGUAACUGACAUAUCUGCAGAGCACCUGGUAAGUACAGACAAAAUUGUUCCAAAUCUCUAAGUAGCAAUUGUUGACAUUUUGUAAAUAUUAUAUUAUAGCUUAAUAAGUUGAAAAUAUAGCUUGCAAUAGUCUUUCUCAAAAAACCCUAAAAUUCUGCCUAAAAUGUAAGCUGUAUUGUAUAUAUCUGAUUGUGUAAAAUAUUUGUUUUUCAGUCUUGGACUUCCAGCCAUUAAAAAUGGAUUUCUCAUCCGUAGUAUGUGUUUCAGCUAUGGUUUGGGUUUUUUUUAUUAUUAUUUCUGUUAAACUGUGACUGUACUUUUUACAUUUUUCUUUGACUUUUUAUGGUUUCUGAUUUAUACAGCUUUUGUAAAUAACAUUCCAAGUGCAACACUGACAAGUGCAAAGACAUGUGUUCAGGACUUGAGAAAAAAAGAAGGCUCUUGCUGAACCAUUUAAGCAGAAAGUUUCUUUGAAACGUUUUGCAUGUUUCAUUGCACAAAAUGUAAAAUGCAUGAAAAGUGUUCUGCAUUUUUCAUCAUACAGAAGAUUGUUCUGCAUUUUUUUACUUGUUAUUAUCUUGUUGAACUACUCCUGUAAUCAAGACUGAUGCCAUAUUGUAUAAAAUCCUGUGUGGAUGCCAUCUCACUGAGCAAAGGAGAAAUAUCUAUCGACUCACUUUUGGAGAAAGAAAAUCUUUGGUAAGGCUAUGGCCCAUCAAUUGGACUCUGCAUAUUGAGGUCACUUGCAUGAUUUAAAAAUCACAUUUUAUUUUACUACGUUGUGGUACAGUAACUGUUUGUGUUAAAUUGUUUAGCAGCUGCCUAACUCAGAAGAAAUGGAAGAUCUGAACUUUGCUCUCUGGAUUGGAUUCCCAUCAUAUAACCAGUCAUUACAUGCCUGAAUGAAUCCCUGAGCUACAAAAAUACUGUUGUGUGAAGGUUUUCAGUUAUACAACUUGUCAAGAAACGCAGUAAUGCUUGCAUGGAUUUAUCUAAAAGAUUUUAUCUGUAAAUCUAAAAUAAACCCAUGAUGAUCUGCGACAUGAUAAAU